CCCCUCUGGGAGAUCCUGUGUGGAUGGUGCAGCCUGCUGGUGGAGUGUAAUGUCCCUUUAAAGCCCCCUGCAGCGUCGUCAUUGCGCAGAACAGUUUGAACCAGAGAGCGGAGUGACCUUCCUCCAGUCUCAGUCUGAGAGAGAGGGGCAGCACUGAAGCAAGAAGCCGGUCUCAGCUCCAGCAGACUCCAGCCUCAGAGAUGAACAACAACUUAGUCGGAGAUGAAGUCGGGAAACUUUUUGUGGGAGGUUUGGACUGGAGUACCACACAAGAGACGCUGAGAAACUACUUCUCACAGUACGGGGAAGUAGUAGAUUGUGUCAUCAUGAAGGACAAAACUACAAAUCAGUCGCGAGGCUUCGGCUUUGUCAAAUUCAAAGAUCCCAAUUGUGUACGGACGGUGCUGGAGACAAAGCCGCACAAUCUCGAUGGAAGAAAUAUCGACCCCAAGCCGUGCACUCCCAGAGGAAUGCAGCCUGAAAAGUCUCGAACCAAGGAGGGCUGGAAGGGCAGCAAAGCUGAUAGCAAUAAAUCAAAGAAGAUAUUUGUAGGUGGAAUCCCCCAUAACUGCGGCGAGCCUGAACUCAGGGACUAUUUCAAUAGAUUCGGAGUGGUCACAGAGGUGGUAAUGAUCUAUGAUGCGGAGAAGCAGAGGCCCCGAGGUUUUGGAUUUAUUACUUUCGAGGCCGAACAAUCAGUGGACCAGGCUGUCAACAUGCAUUUUCACGACAUCAUGGGCAAAAAAGUGGAAGUGAAGAAGGCCGAACCUCGUGACAGCAAAGCUCCUGGCCAGCUCGGCCCUGGCCAGUGGGCGCCCAGGGGUAUCUUGAGUGCAGCUAAUGGUUGGACAGCACAGCCUGCCCAGGGCUGGCAACAGCCUUACGGGCCACAGGGAGUGUGGGUGUCGACUACUGGCCAACCCUUAGUAGGUGGAUAUGGACCUCCAUUGACAGCCGGUCGAGGAACUCCAACACAACCUCCAUCACCUUUCAACGCAUUCCUGGUCACAACCCCGGCGGGCAGCUUUGCUGCACCUCAGGGCUACCCCCAGCAGGGCUACAGCACAGCACCUCAGUUUGGUUACAGUUUCGCCACACCACAGGCAGACCAGUAUGCUCCACAGGUUCCUCCUCCACCCACCACUCCAGGAACCGCACCUCUGGGCUUUGCCCCCGCCACCACACCAACUCAGGACUUAAGCAAAGCUCCCACUGGACAGCCUGACUUCCCUUAUAGCCAGUACGGCUUGGGUAACUACCCUCAGGACCCCUCUGCCUACGGACCAACGCGUCCUUCUCACAGUUAUGGUCAGGAUGAUCAGGGAGGAUAUAGUGCAGCUAAAGGGGUGAGGAAGGAAAGAAGAAUUAAAGGAAGACACGAUGCCAGGUACGGGCAGGACCUGACCGCCUUCGGCCACAGCUUCGCGGACCCCAGCCAGCCGACAGCCACUUAUGGGGCCCCAACAGCACAGCCCGCCGCAGCCCCCCAAUCUGCCGCCACUGCGUUCGGCAGAGGGCAAAACCACAACGUACAGGGCUUCCACCCGUAUCGACGCUGACCGCCACCUGGAGGCAGGGCUGCUAUGUAAAGUUCAAAAACACAAAACAGAAAAAAAAAAAAAAAAAAGUCAGGGAAAAUGUGUUCUUGCUAAAAAAAAAAAAGCAAAACUGGAGUUCUGGAUUGUUCUACGGGAAUGUUGAAUGCACAGUUUGUGAAGCAGAGAGGUUUUUGGAAGCAGGGAUGCCAGGAAAUUCAACAGGGGUGAAAAGAAACCCAGGUUUUUUAUUUUUGUUUUGCAUAACUUAAGGAACAUUCAGCAGAAAGAAGCUUUUAUCCUCCACCCCCCCACCCCAUGUUUUAUAGUAGAACUUAACUACUUUGCAAUAAUUUUGAUUGUCUGGUCAAACACUAGCACAGAGACUAUAUGUAAAGAGACUUGCAUAUAAAUAUGUAUAUUUAUGGUGGACACAAAUGAAAACAGGGUCUCAAGUUUCCUCAGCUUUAAAUUCUAGGGAAAAAUGUUUUUAUUUUUCAUUUGGUGAAUUUUGUUUACUUUCUGAGCCUUUAAAGUUUGUUUAAAAUGGAGAUUAUGAAUAUAUAUAUUAUACACAAACUGUGCAAUUUUUUAAAAAGAGAAUUUUGUACUAUAAAUGUACACUUUGCUUGUUUUUUUAUUUAAAGAUGUAGACUUCCCUCAGGUGGCUCUUUUGGGUGCAUUUUUUGCACUUGCGCAAAAAGAAAAAAAAAGGACAAAUUAUUUCAAAAAUAAAUGUUUUAAGGAUA